GAGGGGACAGAGAGAUGGACAGAAUGAGAUAGAUGGAUAGAGAGAAAGAGGGGAGGGAGAUAGAGAGAAUGAUGCUGCUGUCAUCCCCCUCUUCCUACACUCCCUCAGUCAAGGAGAGAGUGCGUGUGCGUCCAAGCUGAGUGGAGGGGAGCACAGCCAAUCGGCUUGCUGCACAGCCAAUCGACUUGCUGCACAUUGGCUUUGUCAUCGGGUGCUGAUAUUGAGGAAGGAUUCUCUAUGCUGCUCCAUUCGGUGUGUUUGGAAGGGCUGAUGAAAUGCCAGGAUUGGGCUGCCUCUAGGGAGAGCCUCUCUGCUUUAUAAUGUGAGCCAGUAGCAUCCAGGCUCGGGCUAACGCACAACCAUCGACUAAGCAGGCCUAGGGGAAACCAAGCAGGCCUAGGGGAAACCAAGCAGGCCUAGGGGAAACCAAGCAGGCCUAGGGGAAACCAAACAGGCUGGCUCUGCUACUGCUAUUACCCCUUCUCCUCUUCCAGCCGAAAAAGGAGGGAUUUAUUUUUUACCGUCAUCCCCCCAUCCAUCCUGUGUUCUGUGGUGGCUCCCUCCUCCUCCUCCUCCUGUUCCCCCUCCUCCACUACAGCCUCCUCCUCCGCUCUCUCGUUUUUUCCCCCUCUUCCUUUUAUUCUUCUAGAGGUGCUUUUGGAAAUAGCAGACCUCCAUGUAUGACAAUUUGUACCUGCAUGGAUUUGAAGACUCGGAGGCGGGCUCAGCUGAUUCCUACACAAGCAGACCAUCGGACUCGGAUGUCUCUCUGGAGGAGGAGCGGGAGGUGCCGGGGCAGGUCCAGGGCCAGAGCCCGAGCCCGAGCCAAGGGGGCCCGGGGACCCAGGCCCCUGCCCAGACCCGAGAGCAGAAGGAGCAGCAGGCCACCGUGCAGCUGGAGAGAGCCAAGGCUAAAGCCGUGGCCUUUGCUGUGAAGACCAACGUCAGCUACUGUGGAGCAUUGGACGAGGACGUGCCGGUGCCAGCAACCGCCAUCUCAUUCGAUGCUAAGGACUUCCUUCACAUAAAGGAGAAGUUCAACAACGACUGGUGGAUCGGCCGGCUGGUCAAGGAGGGCUGUGAGAUCGGCUUCAUCCCCAGUCCCCUAAAGCUAGAGAACAUCCGCAUCCAGCAGGAACAGAAGAGAGGGCGAGUCCAAGGAAAGCAGAAACAAAAAGUGACUGAACACGUCCCCCCUUACGACGUGGUGCCAUCCAUGAGGCCUGUGGUGCUGGUGGGGCCCUCCCUCAAGGGCUAUGAGGUGACGGAUAUGAUGCAGAAAGCACUCUUUGACUUCCUCAAGCAUAGAUUUGACGGCAGGAUAUCCAUCACACGAGUCACAGCAGAUAUAUCAUUAGCCAAGAGGUCUGUUCUGAAUAACCCCAGCAAGCGGGCCAUCAUCGAGAGAUCAAACACCAGGUCCAGUUUAGCGGAGGUGCAGAGUGAGAUAGAGAGGAUCUUUGAGCUGGCCAGGUCCCUACAGCUGGUGAUCCUGGACGCAGACACCAUCAAUCACCCAGCCCAGCUGCUCAAGACCUCGUUGGCUCCCAUCAUCGUCCAUGUCAAGGUCUCCUCGCCCAAGGUUCUGCAGAGGCUGGUCAAGUCCAGAGGGAAGUCCCAGAGCAAGCAUCUGAACGUACAGCUGGUGGCAGCUGACAAACUGGCCCAGUGUCCUCCGGAGAUGUUUGACAUCAUCCUGGAUGAGAACCAGUUGGAGGAUGCGUGUGAACACUUGGCUGAGUAUCUGGAGGCCUACUGGAAGGCCACACACACCUCCAUGGCCACGCCGCUCAACCCCCUGCUGGGACGCAACCUGGGCCCCACCGCCCUCACUCCUUACCCCACCACCAUCUCUGGACUGCAGGAGGUGAACCAGCAGACUCAAAGAAUAAGACAACACAGCAACCACACGGGAGACCACUCCACGCCCAACGAGCGUCGCAACCUAAUGACCGCCGACGAGAACUACCACAACGAGCGGGCGCACAAGGGACGCAACCGCAUGUCGUCGGGCUCACAGCACAGCCGAGACCAAGACCCGUACCACCAGGACUACCAGGACCCCUACCAAGACUCCUACAAGCCCCACCGCAACCGCUCCUCCCCGGGCAGCUACAGCCACGACUCCCGGCACAGGCUUUGAGCCCGAAUGACGUCCCAGCUUCACAACCCUUAUAGGCCUCAAGUCAACUCUCUGGUGGCAACAGAGUCAAAAUGGUUCCCGUUCAAAAUAUUAUGUCCAAUUCUGUUGUUUUUGAUUAUUUGUUUUACUUCAAGCGUUAGAUGAGGAGUAGUCCCGCCCUCCUGAAAAAAAACCUCCAAUCACCUCUCAUUCCCAUUCUGUCUCUCAGUCUUGCCUUGGCACUGUAAGGGACCCCUGUUAAGCAAUGUGGUCAGGAUGAGGAAGAAGGACAUGAUGCUAAUGCUACAUAACUGAGUUAAUAUAACUCAUAUGACUGAGUUGCUUUUCCUCACAAGGGGACUUUCCUAGUUCCUGAGUUCCCCACACAAAGAGAUGGGUGGAAGAGGAAAGUAGUAUGAGAUUUGGACUUUGCUAAGCUAACAACAAGCUAAGCUAUUUUAGCUAGCAUGGUUAGAUUGUGGGUACAUGUGUACCCACAACCCCCCCCCCACCAUGAGUCGCCAUAGCAAGUAGUGGAGUCUGCUGAAACCUGGUGGUCUUACCAAGAGUCCCUAGACCGUUCAGUUGCUUGCAUGCUGACUGAGAGAGUUUCGCUAGUAUCGUCAAUAUAUUCACUUACAGUACAUGUCUGUUUUCAUGGGGAGUUGUAUACUUAGACCUGCCCCACCAUGACUGGCAGUGGUAUUUUUCCAGACCUUUACUGAUUCCUGAGAGGAGCAUGUGGAGUAUUUGGUUGUUUUGUUAACAAGUGCUUUCACAUGUCAGAUACUGUAUGUGCCAUUUUAACACCUGUCUAGCUUGGCCUUUCUUCGGCAACAGUCGAUACUUUGCAUAUCUCAGUAUUUUUCGCUACUCUGAUUCGGUUGUGUCAGAGACUCAUAGAGGUAUUAUAACAAGAAGCAGGGGUGUCAAACAAUCAGAGUUCGCCUCAUCUCUGGCCAGCCUCGUGAUUGGUUGACCGUCCAUGCUGCUUCCUGUGUUUCUCUCUGGCCAGCCUCGUGAUUGGUUGACCGUCCAUGCUACUUCCUGUGUUUCUCUCUGGCCAGCCUCUUGAUUGGAUGACCGUCCAUGCUGCUCCACUAAUGUUGGAUUGUGUCUUCCCAGGGUCCUUUGCAUCAUGAUCAUUGAUUCUCUGUGUAGCUGGCAUGUUUUCCCUGACUUGAUAAAGUAAUGCUCCCUUUGGUAGUAAUAUCCCUGUGUACAAUAGAGGGUGUGUAAGGAGGGAGAGCACACAUUGGUGCAAAAUAGGUGCAGUCUAAUUACUUGAGAGUGGGUUAUCUGAACUUUUUGGGGGUAUUUAAAUACAUGAACAUGGAAAUGGAAGAAAUUAAUUUGGUUAGUUUAUUUCUAGCAACAAUUUUUCUUCAGUAAUUGUGUGUUUUUGGAGUUUUUGUUGAGAUGAGAAGCAUGCAGUUGUACCCAAGGGGGUUCGGUGACUAGUUGCAUUGGCUCGCCGAUCCAAUGCCUAGGCUUUAGUUUAGUGGGCUAAUAGACACUUCUAGCGUGCAGGAGGCCCGGGUUUGAACCCGGUCGGUCACAGAGACACAACCACCCUCCAGGACCAGGGUUUUCCCUGCGGUGGAUAGGUCAUCUACACUGGAGCUUUGACCAUGAUGGAGAUGGUGGUCCCUCCCUGUGCAUCCUGGGAGAGUGAGUUCUUGGGGCAGCGUAUUCUGAGACAUUGUUAGAGAGAUGUGCAGAGUUAACUUGUUAUAGCUGUCUUUUAGUGUAAUUCCCUCCAAUAGAGUCGAGGUACUGUAGUGACAUUUGUAGCACCCGCAGCAGGUGGUGCCUUAACAUUCUAGAGCCAGUUGAUUUCCUUGCUCAUAUCUAUGUCUCUUAUGCUAGUUUGUUCACUGACUGAAAACAAUAGACUGCAAAAUGAAGAAGAAAAAAAAGCUGUUGUUUAUGAGCAUGCUUCUCUGUCAUAUUGUGAUUCAGGCCAAAGUGAGUGUUGGCUGAUUGAAUGGGGAGUUACUCACUGUUCAUUAAAAACCACAACCAAGAACCAGAACUAAGAUUCAGCUCUGUUGCUUGAGACAAUCAGAGGGAUUUUCUAGCCCAUUGACCUCUGUCCCACCAGAGUCCCAGACCAGUCUGUGAGGGUUUGGUAACUUAAGGUUGGGUUACUGCUACUGGGUGUAGCAUGUCUUAGCCCUUUUUGAAACAUUGGGGGAUCUCCUUUUCUAUUAACAAUUAAUUAACUGAAUUCCAAUAGAUUUUCUGAAUUGACUGGAAAUGAAAAUUGACCUCUCUCUUUUUCCUAUGAAUGCCCUGGAAAGAAAACAUUUGUUGUUUGAAUGGUGUAGAUAUAAUUUCUACAGGUCUCUGUUACUGAUCUGAAGAAAAGCACGUGUCCCGUACUCUUCUUUUGUCUUCUUGUAAGAAAUUAAGAGGCUACAUUUUUGCCUCUAAAUUAAGUUGAAUUACAAUUCUCAUUAUUUGAUUAAAUAACAUGGGUUUAAACUCGACCAGACCAUUUAAAACAGUUAAAUGUUUUUUUCUUUGGUAAAAAUGUACAAAAAAUAAGAAAAAAUCAAAAAUGUAUCUCAAUAUAGGAAAAAGUAAAAGAUACAUCUUUGCUGGUGAUUAUUUUUAUAAUAAAUACAUACAUGUACAUAAUGUCUUUGAGAGAUGCUAUUUGCUGUAUACUUGCAUUCUCAUUAAAAAAACUACGAUCCUCGACGGGACAACUUGGAACAACAAACGUUUCAGUAUACAAAAAUGUCAGUAUACUAAAGUUUCAGUAAUGUGCAAUACAAAAAAGCAUGCUGUUUUAAAAUGAGGAAAUUCCAUGUACUAUGCAACCGCAACCAUGUACAUCGCUUCAUGCUGUGACUAAUUCUCCAACUGUCCUUUUCCAAGCAGCUUCAUCAGAACUCUUUAAGGACAUUUUGUGUUGAUACUUUUUGUGGGAGACGAACAACUCAACGGCUAAUGCGGUAUUGCAUGCAUAAUGUACCAUUUUAAUUUAUUAAAACGAAUGAAAAUAAAAUAAUGUAAAACGCGAGAUGAUGAUUGUGUCAAAGGCGAAGCUAGAAGUAACUUAAAAAGUUUUCUUUUACAAAAUAAAAGAGUCGUUCUACAACAA